CAAAGGAAUCAAAUGGGGCUGUUGUCAAGGAAAGUGACGUGUAAUUCUCAUGGACAGGAUUCUUCUUACUUCCUGGGAUGGCAGGAAUAUGAGAAGAACCCUUACGAUGAGGUCAAGAAUCCUAAAGGAAUUAUUCAGAUGGGUCUUGCAGAGAAUCAGCUUUGCUUUGAUCUUCUUGAGUCUUGGUUGGCCAAAAACCCAGAGGCAGCUUGUUUCAAGAGAGAUGGGCAAUCCUUAUUCAAAGAGCUUGCUCUUUUCCAAGAUUAUCAUGGCUUACCCGCAUUCAAACAGGCAUUGGUUGAUUUCAUGGCUGAAAUAAGAGGAAACAAAGUAACUUUCGAUACGAACAACAUCGUCCUCACCGCCGGUGCUACGUCGGCGAAUGAAACGCUCAUGUUUUGCCUCGCUGAAAAAGGCGAAGCUUUUCUUCUCCCUACGCCAUACUACCCAGGAUUUGAUAGAGAUCUCAAGUGGAGAACUGGGGCUGAGAUUGUACCGAUUGUUUGUACCAGCUCCAAUGGCUUCCAAAUCACAGAAUCAGCACUUGAAGAAGCCUACCAAGAAGCACAAAGGAAGAACCUGAGGGUGAAAGGUUUGCUAGUCACCAACCCAUCUAAUCCGUUGGGGACGACGAUUAAAAGAAACGAAUUGGACCUACUGAUUAACUUCAUUACAGUCAAGGAAAUUCAUUUAAUCAGCGAUGAAAUUUACUCCGGCACAGUGUUUAGCUCGCCGGAAUUCAUAAGCAUCAUGGAAGUUUUGAAAGAUAGGAAGAUGGACAAGAGUCAAGAAUGGGAAAGAGUUCAUGUUGUUUAUAGCCUUUCAAAGGAUCUAGGCCUGCCUGGUUUUCGAGUUGGUGCAAUUUACUCCAACGAUCCCAUUGUUGUGGCCGCCGCCACAAAAAUGUCCAGCUUCGGCCUAGUUUCUUCACAAACUCAAUUCCUUCUCUCCGCCAUGUUAUCCGACAAGAAAUUCACCAAAGAAUACCUUUCGAAGAACCACAAGCGGCUCCGAAAGCGACGGAGCAAGCUGGUGUCCGGCCUGGAAAAAACCGGCAUCAGCUGCUUAGACAGCAAUGCCGGCUUGUUCUGCUGGGUCGACAUGAGACACCUCUUGAGCUCCGACACGUUCGAAGCAGAAAUGGAGCUCUGGAAACGAAUUGUUUACGAUGUUAAACUGAACAUCUCUCCUGGUUCAUCGUGUCAUUGCACUGAACCAGGCUGGUUCCAUGUCUGCUUCGCUAACAUGUCCGAAGAAACACUGAAACUCGCCAUGCAACGAUUGAAAUCCUUCGUUGCUUCCAUCACCAUUAACAAACAGAGCCAUCAAGAGUUGAUGAACACCAGAAGAAAGAACCGCACCAAUUGGGUUUUCCGGCUGUCGUUCCAGUCAUUCCAUGAUCGGGAGCAAGACGAACGAUAAGCCUGGUCAAAUUUACUUUUUUUUUCUUUUU